AUGGUGCGUCAGUUUCACGAUGGCAUGAUGGCGCGAAACACAGACAAUAGAGCUGUCUCAGAAGCAUUCACAGUGACCAGCGGAAUGGAACAGGGCUGUGUCCUCGCGUCCACCAUCUUCGGCCUCAUGUUCUCUGUCAUGCAGAUGGACGCCUACCGUGACGAACGCCCCGAGAUCCGCGCCGUCUACAGGACGGACGAUCAACUGCUCCAUCAGUGGCGGAUGCACUUCCAGUUGCGUGUGUCCACAACUUCCGUCCAUGGACUUCCCUUCGCCGACGACUGCGCCCUCAACACCACCUCCGAAGGCGACAUGCAAAGGUGCAUGGACCUCUUCGCCGCCGCCGCCGCCGCCGCCUGCGACAACUUUGGCCUAAUCAUCCCGCCCACGUUGACGAGGGCCAACCUUCAAGACAGGAGUAGAAGACGAAAAAGCACCAAUGGGAGGAGUCUGUUGUGUACAGAAGUCCGAGUUACUGUCCGAGGCAGCAGUCUGCACUGA